UUUUGUUUAUCCUUUAUCUAUUGUAUCUCGUUUAAACGUAGUUUUUUCUCUCUGAAAGAUUUUAUCAAAUUUUGUUUCUUUAAAGUAUAACGUUAUGUUAAUAUAUAACUUCUGUAGAACACGUGUGUUCGUUUUUACAAUUUUAUAUGAAACCAUGUCAGAGGACAAAGUAGUAUUAUCGUUCGGUAACAUCAAUUUAUACGGCAGACUGGUAAACACAUUAAAAUUUACGAGAUAUCUAACAUCGAGAAUAAAUUACAUUGAAAAACAUCAGCUAACCGAAAGAAUCGAUCGACGAAGAUCUUCAAAGUGACAUAUGUAAGCCGGUUAACCUACGCGUGCGUGUUUCAAAUCAAAACUUGCAGUGGCGCGAAAAAACGUUCGUUAAUUAAUGUGCUUUGUUCGCAAGUAUUAUAAUAAUACGAUCUAAUCGUAUGUCAUUUUUUUAGAUUGCAACUGUUAUUAAGAAUCCAUUUACAUUAGUUGUUAUACGUUUGAUAAUUAUAAAAGAUUGAUUAUAAUAUUUGAAUUUUAUAGGAUAAUAUUUUUUAUAUAAUAUAACCUGAAACUUGUUUCUUGGCACAAAAUACAUAUAAAUAUGUUCUUUCAAAUGAGAAAGUUUCAAGUUAUCUCAUUGCUGUCAAAAAAAUUAUGCCUGCAAUUAUUUACCAAUAAUUACUCAGUCAAUUUUUCUACAAUGAAUAAAACGGUCUUGCAUUCCUUUCAAGAUAUUCCAGGACCAAUAUCUUUGCCUUUAAUUGGGACAUUGUAUAAAUACAUUCCUUUAAUUGGUGAAUAUUCAUUUACAAGACUUUACGAAAGCGGAGUUAAAAAGUUAAAACAUUAUGGUCCAUUGAUACGAGAAGAAAUAGUGCCAGGUGUACAAAUUGUAUUAGUUUAUCGUCCUGAAGAUAUCGCAGAAAUUUUUAAAGCAGAAACAGGUCUAUAUCCUGAACGCAGAAGUCAUUUAGCUCUUUUGAAAUAUAGAAAGGAUAGAAGCGAUAUAUAUAAUACAGGAGGUCUCUUACCGACAAAUGGACUUGAAUGGUGGAGAUUACGUAAGGAGUUUCAAAAGGUUCUUAACAAACCGAAUCAUGUUGUUAGUUAUCUGCAAGACACAGAUCAUGUUAUUAAAGAAUUUCUCCCUCUUUGUACUGAAGAAAAAUUUGAUGAUUUCUUACCAUUACUUUCGCGUCUCUUUCUUGAAUUAACAUGUUUCACGGCCUUUGAUGUAAGAAUGAAUAGCUUUUCGAAGGAAGAAAGACAGAAAGAUUCUAGAAGUUCGAAACUCAUUGAUGCAGCAUUUACAACUAAUAGUGCUAUUUUAAAACUAGACAAUGGACCUAGGCUGUGGCGAUUUUUCGACACGUUUCUUUAUAAAAAAAUGUGCAAAGCACAAAAGUAUAUGGAAAAUAUUGCAAUAGAAAUGGUAACUCAGAAAAUGCAGAAAAAAAAAAUUUCUCAGAAAAACUCAUUUCUUGACGCAUACUUGAGUAAUCCUGCUUUAGACAAAAAAGAUAUAGUUGGUAUGGCUUGCGAUAUGUUGCUCGCAGGUAUCGAUACUACAACUUAUACUAUGGCUUUCGUUUUCUAUCACCUUGGAAAAAAUCCUAAGUGCCAAGAAAAAUUAAGAUCAGAAUGUUUAACGUUAUUACCCGAUAGUAAUGAAGCCAUAGAAACAAAUAUUUUGCACAAAGCUUAUUAUGCGAAGGCUGUACUAAAAGAAACAUUUAGAUUGAAUCCAGUAUCAAUUGGAAUAGGACGUAUUUUGCAAACUGAUAUUGUUCUUAGUGGCUACCACGUGCCUAAAGGUACUGUAGUUGUAACGCAGAAUCAAGUAACGUGCCGACGUCCCGAGUAUUUCGAUGACCCAUAUUCAUUUAUACCAGAAAGAUGGUUACGGAAAAAUAUAGACACCGAAAGUAAAGAUUUUAAUAUUGUAAAAUCUGUUAAUCCAUAUUUAGUAUUACCCUUUGGUCAUGGACCACGAUCUUGCAUCGCAAGACGUUUUGCUGAACAAAGCAUGCUAACUUUAUUAAUACGAAUGUGUCGAGAAUUGGAAUUCACUUGGUAUGGUGAAAAUCUUGGUUGUAAGUCUUUGUUAAUUAAUAAACCAGAUGGUCCUAUCAAGCUCAAUUUUACAAGAUACAAACAGCAAUGAAUUUUAUAUAUUUCAUUCUAAUAGAAAUUAAGAUUGUAAAAAGAACCUAUUUCCUAAUUUUUUUAUUUUUAUAAAAAGCUCGAGUUUAUACAGCA